CCCGCCUGGGUCCCCGUCCCCGCCUCGGUCCCCGUCCCCGUCCCCGUCCCCGUCCCCGCCGAGCGCUGGAGCGCGGGCCCUCGGCCGGGCGGGCGGGAACGCGCGGCGGCCGCCUCCCGGCCCCUCCUGCUCGGCUCCCGCCCGCGGUGGCGGCGGCUCCCCGGCAGGAGCUUUAAAAGGCGGCGGCCCGCCCCCCGGCGCACUCGCCCGCCGCCUGCCCCGCCGCCUGCCCCGCGCCGCCGCCGCCGCCGCCGCCAUGCCUCCGCGCGCGCCCCGCGCCCCCGGCCCGCCCCCGCCGCCCCUGCGCUGGCUGCUGCUGCUCGCGCUGCCCGCCGCCUGCCCCGCGCCGCCGCGCCGCGUCUACACCAACCACUGGGCGGUGCGCGUGCUGGGCGGCCCGGCCCAGGCGGCCCGCGUGGCCGCGGCGCACGGCUACCUCAACUUGGGCCAGAUUGGAAACCUGGAGGACUACUACCAUUUUUAUCACAGCAAGACCUUUAAGAGGUCCACCGUGAGCAGCAGAGGCCCCCACAUCUUCCUAAGAAUGGACCCCCAGGUGAAAUGGCUCCAGCAACAAGAAGUGAAACGUCGAGUGAAGAGGCAGGUGCGAGCCAGUCCCCAGGCGCUUUAUUUCAAUGACCCCAUCUGGUCCAACAUGUGGUACAUGCACUGCAGCGACAAGCACAGCCGCUGCCGGUCAGAAAUGAACGUGCAGGCAGCGUGGAAGCGGGGAUACACAGGCAAGAACGUGGUGGUCACCAUCCUCGACGAUGGCAUUGAGAGGAACCACCCAGACCUGGCUCCCAACUAUGAUUCGUACGCAAGCUACGAUGUCAACGGAAAUGAUUAUGACCCAUCUCCGCGAUAUGAUGCCAGCAAUGAAAAUAAACACGGCACCCGGUGUGCGGGAGAGGUCGCCGCUUCGGCCAAUAACUCCUACUGCAUUGUGGGCAUUGCAUACAACGCCAAGAUCGGAGGCAUCCGCAUGCUGGAUGGCGAUGUGACCGACGUGGUGGAGGCUAAGUCCCUGGGCAUCCGACCCAACUACAUCGACAUCUACAGCGCCAGCUGGGGGCCGGACGACGACGGCAAGACAGUGGACGGGCCUGGGCGGCUGGCCAAGCAGGCCUUCGAGUAUGGCAUCAAGAAGGGCCGCCAGGGCCUGGGCUCCAUCUUCGUGUGGGCCUCGGGGAACGGCGGGCGUGAGGGCGACUACUGCUCGUGCGACGGCUACACCAACAGCAUCUACACCAUCUCCGUGAGCAGCACCACCGAGAACGGCUACAAGCCCUGGUACCUGGAGGAGUGCGCGUCCACGCUGGCCACCACCUAUAGCAGUGGGGCCUUCUAUGAGCGCAAGAUCGUCACCACGGAUCUGCGCCAGCGCUGUACUGACGGCCACACGGGGACCUCGGUCUCUGCCCCCAUGGUGGCAGGCAUCAUUGCCCUGGCUUUGGAAGCAAACAGCCAGCUGACCUGGAGAGACGUGCAGCACCUGCUGGUGAAGACGUCCAGGCCAGCCCACCUCAAGGCCAGCGACUGGAAGGUUAAUGGCGCCGGGCACAAAGUUAGCCAUCUCUAUGGUUUCGGCCUGGUGGACGCAGAGGCCCUGGUCCUGGAGGCCAAGAAGUGGAAGGCGGUACCCGCACAGCACAUGUGCAUCGUGGCUGCAGACAAGAGGCCCAGGAGCAUCCCGCUGGUACAGACCCUGCGUACCACAGUGCUGACCACGGCCUGCGCUGACCGCUCAGACCAGCGUGUGGGCUUCUUGGAGCACGUGGUGGCCCGCAUCUCCAUCUCGCACCCACGGCGCGGGGACCUGCAGAUCCACCUCAUCUCCCCCUCGGGAACCAAGUCUCAGCUGCUGGGGAAGAGGUUGCUAGAUCUUUCCAAUGAAGGCUUCACCAACUGGGAGUUCAUGACGGUGCACUGCUGGGGCGAGAAGGCGGAAGGGGAGUGGACUCUGGAGAUCCAGGAUGUGCCAUCCCAAGUCCGGAACCCAGACAAGCAAGGGAAACUGCGAGAGUGGAGCCUCGUCUUGUACGGCACAGCUGAGCACCCCUACACCACAUUCAGCUCCCACCAAUCCCGCUCCCGCAUGCUGGAACUCUCCACCCCAGAGCUGGAACCCUCCAAGCCCGCGCCGGCCCCCUUGCAGCCCGAGGGCCCCGAGGAGGAAGAGGAGUACACAGCUAUUUCCACCCACGGCUCUCCCAAUACCUUACAGACCAGUGCCUGCCACCCGGAGUGUGGGAACAAAGGCUGUGAUGGGCCCAAUGCUGACCAGUGCUUCAACUGUGUCCACUUCAGCCUGGGCAGCGCCAAGACCAGCAGGAAGUGUGUGAGCGAGUGUCCCUUGGGCUACUUUGGAGACACAGCAGCCAGACGCUGUCGCCGGUGUCACAAGGGCUGUGAGAGCUGCAUGGGCAGGAGUGCCACCCAGUGCCUGUCCUGCCGCCGUGGCUUCUACCACCACCAGGAGGUGAACUCCUGCCUCACGCUCUGCCCGGAUGGGUUCUACGCGGAUGACAGCCAGAGAAAUUGCCUCAAAUGUCAUCCAAGCUGUAAGAAGUGUGUGGACGAGCCAGAGAAAUGCACAGUCUGCAAAGAAGGUUUCAGCCUGGCACGGGGCAGCUGCCUCCCGGACUGUGAGCCGGGCACCUUCUUUGACUCGGAGCAAAUCCGCUGUGGGGAGUGUCAUGCCACCUGCCAGACCUGCGUGGGUCCCAGCGCUGAGGAGUGCGUCCACUGCGCCAAGGGCUUCCACUUCCAAGACUGGCGCUGCGUGCCAGCCUGUGAGCAGGGCUUCUUCCCCGAGGACACGCCAGGCUUGCCUCACAAAGUCUGCCGCAGAUGUGAGGAGAACUGCCUGAGUUGUGAGGGCUCCAGCAGGAACUGUAGCAGGUGCAAGCCGGGCUUCACGCAGCUGGGCACCUCAUGCAUCACCAACCACACGUGCAACAACGCUGACGAGAUGUUCUGUGAGAUGGUCAAGUCCAACCGGCUCUGUGAACGGAAGCUAUUCAUCCAGUUCUGCUGCCACACGUGCCUCCUGGCCGGGUAGGGGCUCUGGGACCCCGCCAUCCACCCGUCCUUCUGCCUCUCUCCGGACUGUUGGCCAGAGCCUGUGGCGGUGGUGGCAGCAGCAGCAGGGGUGGCAUCUCCUGACAGCUUUAUCUGACAUCUUUAUCCCCCCAGGAGCAUCGAUUCCCCCUAAAGCAGCUCUGGGCAGCCCGUCCCAGGGGGUGUCAGGUCUGAGACAGCGAUGUCCCCCUGCGUCCCUCCACCCACACCCCCCAGUUCUGCUCAGUGGUCCUCUUCUGCAGCUGCAUCGCAAACAGGAACCCAAAGAACUCUGGGGAGCCCACCGCUCUGGCCGGGCCUCAGCUUCUGUGCCCCUACGUUUAGCGCAUCUUCCAGACCAAAGCAGAAAGGAGAGACCCCAGGCUCCAGGGUCAAGUUCCGCCACAGAACAGUGGGGGCCAGUGGGGAGGGGGCGUCAAUCAGAUUGUAAAUAAAACAGAUUGGGGAGGGGAUGUGAGCAGCUGCACCUCCACAGUCAGCCUCUUCCCACGGCUGCACGACCCACGCCUGAGAAAGAAGUCACAUUCCCCACACAGAGCCAGAGCAGACCGGCCUUCCCUUCUCUGCUGCCUGGUGCUGCCUUCUGCGUUGAUAAGAACCUGAGGAGCCCCCACCCCACCCCUCCAAGUGACUGGUGGGGGGGAGGUGGCCAAAAGGACCUCCAAAGACCCCCCAGGGUCUGUGCCACCCCUCUUGCCAAAGUGUAAGCCCAGGUGACUGUGGAUUCAUCCGUCCACAUGACCCGCUUCCCCAGAAGUUCUCACUCACUCAGAAACUCCAUCUCAGCCUCUGCUGUUGCAAAGAUGGUGUCCCCCAAGGUGGCUGCCCACUCCUGUGUCUGAGUGUCACCUCCCUACAUACACACACACCCCCUCACCCUGAUGACAUGGAUGCAUUGAUUCCUGCCAGGCUCGUGGAGGUGUUUUUAUAAGUCACGUGUGCUGGUCUGUCCCCAUGUUAAAAGUCCAACAAAUAGUUCCUCUGUGUUUGUUGAUAUGCACGGCAGCGCCCUCCUGGGACGGGGGAGUGACAUUUGCCUUAAAUUCUGUCCAUCUUGUUCUUGUUUCUAUUGCCCCCCGUCCCCUCCCUGAAUCUGAGGCCUUUGCCUUGAACUUCUCCUCUCCCUGCCCCCCCCAGAAGCUGGGGGCUUGGGGGUGCAGAGGAGCCCCCAGCCACGGUGCAGUGAGUCCAUGACUCCAAGAGAGGAAUUGAGGAGGUGAAUGCAGUGUUAAUUGAUUAAAAUUAAUAAAAGAGUGAACACGCUCUGGCGAGGGGGCCCUGCCUCCACCCACGGCUCAGCAUUCAACUCGGGCCCGGCUGCUGGGAACAGUGACUUCAUUUGUGAAUUCAGAGCUCCAGCAAAUUUCAGACAGUUUUUUGUCUUUUUUUUUUUAAUUUUUUUUAAGCACAGUGCCUGAGUGGGUGGGUGAAAUAGCUCACUUGGCUAGCGCACUUCUUUGCCAUGUGUACAACCCAGGUUCGAGCCUGGCCUCCCACUGCAUUGAAGGAAGCUUUGUUGCUGUGGUCUCUCUCUCUCUCUCUCUCAAAGAAAAGGGGAGAUAGAGAGAGGAAGAAGGAAGACAGGAAGAAAAGGAAGUAUAAAGAAAAAGAAAAUUUAAAUCAGUUCCAGGGAGAGAACCCAAGGUCUCAGAUAUGUUCGAGACUAGAACUGCUUCCCCAGCUCAGUGUUUUUCUUUUCUUAUGUGAGUUUUUUUCCCCAAAAUAUAGAAAGGAGGAGAGAUUAGAGAGAUACUAAGCACUGCCCCACCACCCGGGCGGUGCUCUCAUGUGACACCUGGCAUUGCAACCAGGGUCUCGUGUGGGAAGGUGUGUGCUCAGCCCGCAGAGUGUCUCCUUGGUUCCAGAAGAUGUUGAAGAGAGUUGGGGUGGUGGGGGUGGGGGAACCCCUCAGCAUAUUCUUGGGCAGAACUCCUUAGAACACAAAAGCUUGACUGAGAGGAGAGGACUGGAUGGUUGGGGCCGGGGGAGAGGGAAUACUCUCCCACACCUGUCCGACAGGUGUCUGUUAAGCUGUCAUGUGUGUUUUCACCAGGGCACAGUGACCAAGUGGUGGUUCAUUCAGAAGAGCGCACACAGUACCAUGUGCACGGACCUGGGUUCAAGUCCCUGUCCCCACCUGUGUGUGCGGGGGGGCUUCACAAGCAGUGGAGCAGUGCUGCGUGAGGUCUCUCCUUCCCUGUCUAUCAUUCUGUUUCUCACCCCCUAUUUAAAAAAAAAAACUAGCCCAGGAGGUGAUGCAGUGAAUAAAUAAAAGUGUUAGGCUCUCAGCAUGACAUCCCAAGUUUGAUGCCUGGCAUUACAUGUGUGAUAGUCUGAUUCUCGUGCUCUGUCACUAGUCAAUAAAGCUUUUGAAAGAUGAAA